UGUGACUCUUCCAGGACCACCAGCUCCUCUCCACGCUCCUAAUCCCCGCUGGAGCAGGUCCCCUCCCCUCAGCAGGGCUGGUGUCCCUCUGGUCACCUGGUUAAAGCCUCUGGACACACAGCCCGGCGCCCUGUGAUUGCCAAACUCACCUUUCUACCCACGGCACCACAGAGCUCCUGCCACCAUGAAAACCAUCAUAGCAGCCUGCUCCCAGAACCUCAGUGGCAGCCGGGCCAGCAUCCAGACCGCCCUGAGGACGCUGCUGGCCGUGCCCUGGCCCUCGCAGCGCGAUGUCGGCUCUGCUCUCCAGCUCCUGGCCGUGCUGCAGUGGGUGCUCAGCUUCCUGCUGCUGGGAAUCGUCAGCCUCCUGCUGCUCAUCUACCUGCUCUUCACCAGCCUCUGGCUGAUCCCCGUGCUCUACCUGGCCUGGAUCAUCUUCGACUGGGACACGCCGGAGAAAGGUGGCAGGAGGCUGCCGUGCCUGCGGCGAUGGACGGUGUGGAAGCACUUUCGGGAUUAUUUCCCGGUGAAGCUGGUGAAGACACACGACCUGUCCCCCAGGCACAACUACAUCAUCGGCUCGCACCCCCACGGCAUCCUCUGCGUCGGCGCCUUCUGCAACUUCAUCACGGGCUCCACGGGCUUCGAGGAGCUGUUCCCGGGCAUCCGCUCCUCGCUCACCACGCUGGCCGGGAAUUUCCGCCUGCCCGUGUUUCGGGAGUACCUGAUGAGCGGGGGUGAGCGGUGCCUGCCCUGCCCAGCUCGGGCCAUCGGCUACCUGCUGUCCCAGCAAGGCGCCGGCAACGCGGUGGCCAUCGUCAUCGGCGGCGCGGCCGAGUCGCUGUCCUGCCGGCCCGGCGUCACCACGCUCAUCCUCAGGAACCGCAAGGGCUUCGUCCGCAUGGCGCUGCGGCACGGGGCCUUCCUCGUCCCCUCCUUCUCCUUCGGGGAGAACGACCUGUUCCGCCAGGUGGUUUUUGAGGAGGGCAGCUGGAUGAGGAGCAUCCAGCGGCGCUUCCAGAAGAUGAUGGGCUUCGCACCGUGCCUCUUCUACGGCCGCGGGCUCACCUCCUGCCGCUCCCGCGGCUUCCUGCCCUCCCCCCCCCCUCCCCUGCCCGCAGUGGGGGAGCCGCUGGCGGUGCCCAAGGUGGAGAACCCGAGCCGGGAGCUGGUGGAUCGGUACCACGAGCUCUACAUCAGUGCCCUGCUCAAGCUCUUCAACGAGAACAAGACCAAGUAUGGGCUGUCCGAGUCAGACGAGCUGCACAUCCUCUGAGUGCCACCGGCACCGUCCUGGCUCAUGAGGGCUCUUGCAGGGGGGAUUUCAGCCGGUCUGGCAUGGGGGACACACAGGGGACAGUCCCCACUCUGGCCUUUUGUUCCUCCGACUUGAAGGGGAGGUGGGAAGAGAGGGGGAAGCGAGGGGAAGAUUGGGAAAGGCUCCCCUUUGCAGGGGUUUGGAGGGGCUGUGGGUGACACGGCUGCUCCCUGCAAGGGGCUGGUGUGGGGCUGGGGCCAGCAGUGGGCACGGUCCCCAUGGGAUAACCAUGUCACCACAGGCUCAGGGAGGGGUGUCAUGGGAGGAGAUAUUGACGUGGGGUUUUUGGGGUGGCACCCUGAUGAUGAGUGGGAGCACCCACUCCAUGAGGUGGAAGCGGGACACUCCUGGACUGGGGGACCUGUGGAUGUGGCCUGAGCCAGGACCAUGUGGCCCCAGACGAGCCUUUCCUGCCAUCUCCAUACCCAAUACAGAUUUCCAACCUCCCAAACUGUCUGUGUGUGUUCCAGAGGUUGGGAUUGGCAGCACUGUGGUGGUACCCCUGCACUGCCCAUGUGGGUGCCCUCCCUAGCAGUCCCAUCUCCAGCUGGGGCAGCUUGGCAGGGUCCUUGCACCACUCAGGUGCAGCCAAGCAGCUCCUGGGUGCACCUGGGCCACGUCGGAUAUAAUGGGAGGUGAGGGGCAGCUCUGACUGGUUUAACUGGGCUCAGGAGGGAGAUCUGCUCUUGGCUCAGUGGAGAAUGAGGGUCUCUCUGGGUGGGACAGGGGUAUGGGGCUGGGAUGGGCCAUCCCUGGGGUGCUCUUCUUCCCCUGGGCAGCUCCUGUGGGACGUGGCUGUGUGACUGGUGCAGUGGCUGGGAUGUGACACCCCAGUGACACUCUGGGCACCCCUUUCUCAGGCAUGUGCUGGCAGGACUUGCAGGGAGUGAUGGGGACAGCCCCUCCUGGGGUUCUGAAGUGGGGACAGCCCUGUCCCUGUCCCAUCCCUGCCAGGCUGGCGUGGGAGAGUCAACAGCACGGAUACCAAUCUCAGAGCGCUGCUCUGCGCA